CUAAACACAUGCCAGAUUCCUCUUUAUCUGUUUAUCUUAUGUUGCAACAUACCCCCAAUUUUUCUCUUAAAUGUACAGCUAUGCAUGAGAGAACUGAAUGCUGUUUAUCUACCUGGGACAUUUUAGCUUCAUGAUAUCAGCCCCCUUUUAUUUCUCUCAUUGCCUGUCAUUUUUCCUUUGUUGCAGUCUUUAAUAUUUUAUUCAUCCUAAAACCAUUUACUGUACCACUUUGGCCUUUUAUCAAGCAAUCCAAAAGUUUACCUCUGCACAGGGCAGCUAGUAAUUUUAAACCAAAAGUUACUACUUUCCCAUCUCUGGGAAUGGUAUAAUCAGCUACAAAACAAGGUUUCAAGAUAGUUUUGCCCAAGCUGGUGUUUUUAAACAGAUGAAGUUGAGAAGUUCCUCAGUUUCUCCAGAGUUGUGUUUUCAGAGUAGUCAGUUUGUUUUUCGACUUGAGGGGUUGUGGUCCUAGCAUAUUAAGUUGAAGUUCAAAUAUCUCUUGGGUUUAAAUCCAGAGAGAUUUAGAAUGGCUGUGUUGUGGAGUUCUAGGUUAGCCUGGAAAGUUAGUAUGAAAUCCAUGUUUGUCUGACAUCUGAGUGGAAUUAUUAAAGCCAGGGACAUUUAGUGCUCCUAGAUGUGACUUUCUGCCCAUCUCACCUGUCCCACAAUGUCCUUGUGAUUCGGAGAGUUUCCAGGACUCCCCGUCGGCCACUGAAAUUUAUGGUAAGAGUUGAUGGGAAGAGACCCGCUGCGGGGGAGGAAGCCUCUCAGGGAGCGGUGAGUCCAUGCGGGUUAGUGGGCAGCCUGGGUAGGGGCAUUCAGUGAGGGUGAACUGUGGCGGGGGUGUGAGGAAUCCGGGGAUUACUGGGUGCGGGAGAAUGCGGGGCCAGGGACGGAGCUAAUAGGUAGGACAGACUGGGGCCCAGGAAGCAGGGAACUGCCGAGACGCGCGGCCGAGCGGAGCCUGGGCUGGGAGGGGGCGGUCGUUUGGGGGCCGGGCCCCGGGGAGAGGGAGGGGCGGGGCACGCUGUGGGAUGGAGGCGCGGCUACCUGCCUGUUGCCUAGUUGGAGGCCUCGAGCUGAUAGGGGGAGCUGUGGGCCUGGCGGUCCCGACGCCGCGGGCGCUUAGGUGGGACCGCGCGUGCGCGCGGAGCGGCGGAGGUAUGCUGGGGUCCGCGCAGAGCCCGAGCUGAGACUGAGGACGGGGGCCGAGGCGCCGCCCAUUGUCCCGCCCCCCGGGGCCGCCCAUUGUGCCGUGACGCUUGCACCGCCCUCGCGGCCUGGCGGGGGAGGGGCGACCCGCGCCGCAGCCAGCGUCGCCGCCAUGGAUCUAGGAAUGGUCCUCAAAAGGUUGAUCUGACGAUGAAAAGAUACGCAUACCAACUAGCACAGUGCCUGGUACAGAGACCUUUGAAUAUCUGUGAAGAAAUGACUGUUCUGCAUGGGGGCUUCUUGCUGGCCGAGCAGCUGUUCCGCCCCAAAACACUGGCAGAAUUGACCAAGUCUGACUGGGAGCAUGUCGGGCGGCCGAUUGUGGAGGCUCUGAGGGAGAUCUCCUCUGCCGCGGCCUGCUCCCAGCCCUUCGCCUGGAAGAAGAAAGCUCUGAUCAUCAUCUGGGCCAAGGCUCUGCAGCCCUACCCUAUCACGCCUUCUGACACUGAAACCCUGUGGCAGGAAGAUGUGUUCUUCUCCGUGGGCAACAUGAUUCCCACCAUCAAUCACACGGUGCUCUUUGAGCUGCUCAAGUCCCUGGAAGCUUCCGGACUCUUUAUCCAGCUCCUGAUGGCCUUGCCCACCACUGUCUGCCGUGCAGAACUAGAGCGCUUUCUGGAGCACAUGACUAUCGACACUUCUUCAAAGGAUGUGGCCUUCUUCCUCGACGUCUGGUGGGAAAUGAUGAAGCACAAGGGCAAUCAGCAGGACCCCCUGCUCUCCCAGUUCCGGACACUGGCCCAUAAGUACCUGUCCUCUUCAGAUGAGUUCUCCCACCCUCCAAAGAGGUUUAAGUCCGACCCGGAUGUGUGUCCUACCAUGCCGCUGCUGGCCAUGCUGCUCACUGGGCUGAAGCAAAUCCAGGAUAGGAUCCGGUGCCCUGGGAUGAGGUGCUGCGCCUUGGCCAACUUGGCUGACAUGCUGACCGUGUUUGCACUGAUGGAGGACGACCCCCAGGAAGUGUCCGCCACUGUGUAUCUAGACAAACUGGCCACGGUGAUCUCCGUGUGGAACUCGGACACCCAGAACCCAUAUCACCAGCAGGCACUGGCAGAGAAGGUGAAGGAGGCAGAGCGGGACAUCAGCCUGACCUCACUGGCCAGGCUGCCGAGCGAGACGAUCCUCGUGGGGUUCGAGUCCCUGCGCAGCCUGCUGCGGGAGUGGCGGGAGGAGCUGCAGGCCACGCUCAGCGGCAGCCAGGGGACGAGCUACGACAGCUACCGGCUGUGCGACAGCCUGACCUCCUUCAGCCAGCACCUGAAGCUCUACCUGGACACCACUAGCCUGUCCAAGGAAGAGAGGCAGGUGGCCUCUGAGCUGGCGGAGUGCGUGGGGGACUUCCUGAGGGACACGAACAGGGUGCUGAAGAACAAGGGCUUCGAGAAGGACAUCACUGCCUCCAUCGCCAUGGCCAUCAUCGAGCAGAAGAUGGACCGGCACAUGGAAAUGUGCUACAUUUUCGCUUCUGAGAGGAAGUGGGCCUUCUCGGAUGAGUGGCUGGCCUGCCUGGCCAACAGCCGGGCUCUCUUCCGAGAGCCUGGCCUGGUGUUAAAGCUGCUGGAAGCAGUGAUGGACGUCAGCGCGAGAGACAGGGCUGUCCCCAGACCCCAGAUCAAACAGGUCAUCGACUUGAUCCUGGAGUGUCAUGCACACCUCUCGCUGCCAGAUAAAAAUAAAGUCCUCUUGGGCGUCCUGCUCUCCUGGGGGCGCAAGGGCCUCUCUGAGAAGUUGUUGGGUCACUUGGAGGGGUUUCAGGAAGACCUCAACACGACUUUUAACCAGCUCGCGCAGAGCGCUUCUGAACAGGGCUUGGCCAAGGCCAUCGCUUCUGUGGCCCGCCUAGUCAUUCUGCACCCGGAGAGCACGGUGAAGAAAGUGUGCAGCAUGGCCGUGGUCAACCUUGGCACCCACAGGUUCCUGGCUCAGAUUCUCACCGCCUUCCCCGCCCUCAGGUUCACGGAAGAGCAGGGUCCAAAUCCCUCCGCCACGUUCGUGGCGUCCUGCCUCAAAGAAACAGUCUGGACGAAGUUCUCUACACCCAGGGAAGAGAAGCAGUUUCUGGAGCUCCUGAGAUGCCUGGUGAGUCCUGUGAAGCCCCAAGGGAUUCCAGUCGCUGCUCUUCUCGAGCCAGAUGAGGUGCUAAAGGAAUUCGUCCUGCCUUUCCUGAUGCUCGAUGUCAAAGAGGUGGACCUCAGUCUGAGGAUCUUCAUCCAGACUCUGGAAGCAAACACAUGUCUAGAGGAAUACUGGCUGCAGACCUGCUCUCCGUUCCCACUCAUCUUCAGCCUGUGCCAGCUCCUGGAUGGCUUCAGCAGAUACUGGCAGCUCCCCAGGGAGAAGCGCUGCCUCCCCCUGGACGGGAAGGACCUGGUGAUCCACAUCCUGGAGCGCCUCUGUGAGGUGGUGUCGGCUAACGCCGAGACCUUCUCCCCGGACACCUGGGUCAAGUCCCUGUCCUGGCUCCACCGGAAGCUGGAGCUGCUGGACUGGACUGUGGGCCUGAGGCUGCAGAGCUUCUUUGGGGGCCACUUCAAGUGUGAGGUGCCAGCCACGCUCUUCGAGAUCUGUAAGCUUUCUGAGGACAAGUGGACCUGCCAGGCCCACCCCAGGUAUGGGCCCGGCACGGGCCUCCUGGCCUGGAUGGAGUGCUCCUCCAUCUCCAGCGGCAUCUCUGAGCAGAUGCUCGCCCUGCUGGUGGUGGAUGUGGGCAACCCUGAGGAGGUCAGGUUGUUCAGCAAGGGCUUCCUGGUGGCCCUGGUGCAGCUCAUGCCGUGGUGCAGCCCCCAGGAGUGGCAGUGCCUUCACCAGCUGACCAGGAGACUGUUGGAGAUGCAGCUCCUGCAUGUCCCCUACAGCCUGGAGUAUAUUCAGUUUGUCCCUCUGCUCAACCUGAAGCCCUUUGCCCAGGAGCUCCAACUCUCCGUACUCUUGCUGAGAGCUUUCCAGUUUCUCUGCAGCCAGAGUUGCCAUAACUGGCUCCCUGUGGAAGGCUGGAGCCAUGUGGUCAAGCUCCUCUGCAACAGCCUGACCAACCUCCUGGACUCCGUUCGGUUGACACAGUCAGUUGGCCCUGGGGCCCAAGGACAAGAGCAGGACCUGACCCAGGAAACCCUGUUUUUUUACACCCAGGUGUUCUGUCACGUUCUGCACAUCAUGGCCAUGCUCCACCAGGAGGUGUGUGAACCACUGUAUGUUUUGGCCUUGGAGAUCCUCACCUGCUACGAAACCCUGAGCAAGACCAACCCUUCGGUCAGCUCCUUGCUCCAGAAAGUAAAUGAGCAGCACUUCUUAAAGUCCAUCGCCGAGAACGUUAGCCCCGAGGAGCGGCGCCAGACCCUCCUGCAGAAGAUCAGCAACUUCUGACCUUCGUGGGUCAGAAAACAGCUGGGCCUCAACUUGGCCGGGUCUACGGGGGCUACAGCUGAAAAACACAAAUGUUUCGGUUAUGUGAAAUUGUACACAAGCCCAAAAAUCUGACAACACUGUAAAGAAAAUAGUUUCUUAGGUAUUUGUAACAUACAAAUUGUAAUAAAAUUCUCUUUUGAGUUUUA